AUGAUCUUAACUUCUGAGACUGGAUCUGGGAAAACACUAGCCUAUCUCUUACCAAUCUUAAAUCAGCUCUUUCAAUAUAAAGAUAGAAUGAAUGCCAAACCUAAAGCAGCAAGGUUUAAAAUGAAUAAGCAAAAUGAAGAGCAGAUGUUUCUUAGUGCGGCUGAGAUCACUUAUAUGUCUCAGAAGUAAAGCCAAGCAAAGAGGCUAAGUUUUAGUAAAGGCUAUACAGAUGAAAUGAAAGGAGCAAUUAUCCUUUCCUAUUCUAAGGAACUCCUUAGUCAAGUGUAUGUUUAGGCAAGAACUUUGGACCUUAAUGAAAGAAUAUUGAUUAAUAGAGUUACAUCUCAGUUAUAAAUGAAGACACCCAUAUCCCCAGAUAAGGAAAAGGGAGAAAAAGAGAUGACCGAGACAGAAUAAUUUGAGAUUCAGCUUAAAAAUGCAGUAAAUAAUGCUAGUUGGAAAAUUACUGAUAUUUUACUAGCAACUCCUGUAGUAAUGAGCCAUAUCAUAGAAAAUAAAGAUAAAUAUGAUCCUUAUGAUAUAAACCCAGCAGUGAUAGUCAUUGAUGAAUUUGAUGAGCUACUGUCAAACUCCGCUAUUAGCGCCUAGCUAGUAAAAAUACUGAGAAAAUAUGCAACUUUUAAUAGCGAUUCAGAUCCUAUUACAGCUUAAUAGAAUAAAAAAAGAUAGUUUAUCUUUACUGGAGCCACAAUACCUAAAAGCAUAAUGAAUGGGCAUGAUGCUAUUACUCUUAUUCAAGAUUGGAUACCAAAUAUUUAGCAUGUAAAAACAGAUAACUUACAUAGAACUUCACCAAUGCUAUAAGUAGAAUGGAUUGAUCUAGAAAGAUCAUAACUUUUAAGAGCCAACAGUAUCAAAAAAGUUAUUGAUAAAAUAUGCGAAGCUCUCAAGAAAGCUGAGAUUAAAAAUUUACCAUAUUACAUGGAUAUUGGCUUGCUCGGUAGAUAGACAACUUUACAAUAUUUCUAAAAUAAAAAGUUACCUGUUUUGGUCUGUUCAAAUAUUGCAAGCAGAGGGCUUGACACAAUGAAUGUAGAGCAUGUUAUUCAGUUUGAAUUUGCUAAAACUGCAGGUGAUUAUUUACACAGAGUUGGAAGAGCUGGUAGAUUAGGUUAGAAGGGCUUUGUUACCAACUUUAUUAGAAAGAUUGAUUAUGAAUUAGAGCAGAAAAUCAGGGAAUUAGAUCAGUAAAAUGAAUCAUAUGAUUAGAUAAUCAAUAAAAAGAAAGGUUUAGGAACUGUCUCACCAACUUAAACACUGCAAAAGAAGACUGGAAAGAAUAGUAAAAACGAUGAUGAUUUAUUGGAUUGA